UUGAAUGCGGCAUAACAUCUAGACACGCCAUAUCCUGUUUCAGCUGUCAAAUAAAAAAUGGCGUUGCUUCUAAGGACCUUUACCCGAAAGGGCACUUGCUUGUUCCGCCCUCAGUUUGGCAGUCUAUACAGACAUGCUGUUCCAAUGGGAACCACAGCAAAUGAGGAAAUGAACACGUAUUGGGCUAAAAACAACAAGUUGAACCGACCCAUGUCGCCACAUCUGACCAUCUAUAAGUGGUCAUUGCCUAUGAUGAUGUCCAUCACACACAGAGGCACAGGAGUGGGACUCAGUGGAGGUAUCUCAGCAUUUGCUCUAUUGGCACUGGUGUUGCCAGGUAACUAUCCAUACUACCUUGACUUGAUCCACUCCCUGUCCGUUGGUCCUGCUCUGCUCAGCCUUGCCAAGUUUGGCAUUGCCUUCCCUGUGUCCUACCACACCUUGAACGGAAUCCGCCAUCUGUUUUGGGAUAGCGGUAAGGGAUUUAAGAUUCCUGAGGUGUAUCGCUCGGGCUACGUGGUCAUUGUGCUGUCAAUACUGACCUCCAUUGCUGCCAUUGCAUACAUGUGAGCAGCAUGACGAGAGCAGAGAAAAGGAGUGCAGGAAGAGAGAGAGGAGGCGGACACGAGGGAUGUUUUUUUAAUUUAAUGUUCUGGUCUUUGUGUCCCCAACACAGUAAUUGAAUGAAUAAAUAAAUAUGUCUAACCUA